AGGAAUUUCAGGGCUUCUGCUCAAUAAAACGAGAGCUCAGAUGAAACAAAUAUAUUCAAACAUCUUUGCUUAUUCAAGAAAUAAAUCAGCGACAGAUGAUGACGUCUGUUCCAGAGCUAAUCGUGAACUCACUGAAUGAGCUUAAAGAAGAAGAACUGAAGACAUUUAAGUGGCAUUUAAAGAAUGAUGGACCCCAUUCAACUUCUGAACUGGAGAAUGCAGAUGUAUUAGAUACAGUGGAUAAGAUAGUGGCAUGUUAUGGACAAGAAGAAUCUGUGAAGAUUACAGUGAACAUCCUGAGGAAGAUGAACCACAACCAUCUGGCUGAACAGUUAGAGAACAAACUCAAGGAAGUUUCAGUGCCAAAUGCUUCAGUUCAGAUGAGCAGCCCUGUUAACACUGGAGUCAGUGUUGAUGUGAAUGCUGAAAAUGGUGCGACUGUAAAUGCUCCUGUGAUAGUUGCAAGCACUUUCCAAGCCCCAGUAACCUUCAAUUAUGGCAACUAUGAAAAUCACACAGAAAAACAAGAUGGCAUAGGACUGCAAGAUUUCUUGACAAUGCACAAAAACAACAUAAAGGAAAAAGCAGAACCUAUUUUUGAGGGGAAAAGGGGAAAUGGAGCAAAUCUGGAUGAUGUUUUCACAGAGCUCUUUAUCACAGAGGGCGAUAUCAAAGAUGUCAAUCAUGAACAUGAGAUUCUGAAGAUUGAUGAUGCUUUCAAGACCCAGAAAUUACAGGACAAACCAAUCAACUGCAAUGAUAUAUUCAAUUUAUUGAGACAAAACAGCAAGAAAAACAUUGUUCUGACCAAGGGCAUCGCUGGCAUUGGAAAAACUGUCUCUGUGCACAAGUUCAUUCUGGACUGGGCUGAAGGAAAAGCCAAUCAGGAUAUAGACUGCAUGUUCCUGCUUCCAUUCCGAGAUGUAAAUUCAAUUAAAGAUAAAGAGAUCAGUCUCCAUGAGCUUCUGAAGAAAUUUUACCCUGAACUGAAGGAAAUGGAAAAAACAAAAUUAUAUACAGACUAUAAGCUUGUAUUUGUCUUUGAUGGACUUGAUGAGAGUCGACUGCCUUUAAAUUUUGAAAGUGGAAUGCUGACGAGUGUUGAGGAAAGAUCAUCUGUAGAUGAACUGUUCACAAAUCUGGUCAAAGGAAAUCUGCUUCCAUCAUCUCUUGUUUGGGUGACAUCAAGACCCACAGCAGCCAAUCAAAUCGCUCCUGAGUAUGUUGGUUUGUUCACAGAGGUGCGUGGAUUCACGGACAAACAGAAGGCGGACUACUUCAGAAAAAGAAUCAAAGAUAAGACUCAGGCCUCCAAAAUCAUCUCACACAUUAAGUCUUCUCGUAGUCUCUACAUCAUGUGUCAUAUUCCUGUGUUCUGUUGGAUCACAGCCACAGUUCUUCAGAAUAUUCUCAUUGAAAACGACACAGAGGACAUUGAAACAACACUCACUGAAAUGUACAUUCACUUUCUGAUUGUACAUUUGAACAUAAAGAGCCAGAAAUACGAUGCAAAAUUUGAACGUGAGCGUACAAAGCUCUUGGAGUCCAAUAAAACAAUGAUUGUGAAGUUGGCCAAGCUUGCGUUUGAACAACUGAAGAAAGGAAACAUUGUGUUCUAUGAGGAAGACCUGAAUGAAUGUGGUAUUGAUGUGAUUGAAGACUCUGAGUUCAUAGGAAUGAUCGCUGAGAUCUUUAAGAAGGAAGAUGGACUUCAUGAGAUGAAGGUCUUCAGCUUUGUCCAUUUGAGUGUUCAAGAGUUCCUUGCUGCACUGUAUGUGUUCCUCUGCUACCUGAACAAGAACAUGGAGGAGCUUCAGUUUUUCAUUGAGAAGCCACACAAACACAUCACAUUGCAUGACUUAAUACUUAAGGCCUUUGUUAAAGCCACAAAGAGCCAGAGAGGACAUCUGGAUCUGUUUCUGCGGUUUCUUGUGGGCAUUUCACUGGUGUCCAGUCAGAAACUGCUCAAAGGCCUGAACACACACACUGAAGACACUACACAGAGCAUCACAACAAUAACUAAACACAUUAAACAAAUACAAAUAUGUGAAAUGCCAGUUGAAGCUUCAAUCAACUACUUUUACUGCUUACUUGAGCUCAAGGAUCAAUCGUUAUUGAAGGAAAUUCAAGGAUCCUUAAGUUCAGAUACACAUUCAGAAGUAGAGCUCUCACCUUCAAUGUGUUCAGUGCUGGUCUAUGAACUGCUGAUGUCAGAGAAGGUGCUGGAUGAGUUCAACAUGAAGGCGAUCAAGACAUUACCAAAUGGCUACAAGAGAUUAGUGCCAGCUGUGAGAGGCUGCAGAAAAGCUAUAUUUGACAGCUGUGGCCUCAGUUCUCAGUGUUGUGAAAUUGUGGCUUCAGCUCUACAAUCAAAGUCCCCCCUGAAAGAGCUGGACCUGAGUAACAAUGACCUGCAGGAUUCAGGAGUGAAGCUGCUCUCUGAUGCACUGAAGAGUCCUCACUGUACACUGGAGAUACUGAGAUUGGCAGGUUGUAGAGUCACUGCUCGGUGUUGUGAAAGUUUGGCUUUAGCUCUGCAAUCAAAGUCCCUCCUGAGAGAGCUGGACAUGAGUAACAAUGACCUGCAGGAUUCAGGAGUGAAACUGCUGUCUGAUGCACUGACGAGUACAAAUUGUACAAUGGAGAUACUGAGAUUGUCCAUCUGCAAUCUCACUGGUCAGUGCUGUAAAGGUUUGGUUUCAGCUCUACAAUCAUCAAAGUCCCUCCUGAGAGAGCUAGACCUGAGUAACAAUGACCUGCAGGAUUCAGGAGUGAAGCUGCUCUCUGAUGCAAUGAAGAAUACAAAAUGCAAACUAGAGAUACUGAGAUUAUCUGGCUGUAUGGUGACAGAGGUCGGCUGUUGUUAUCUGGCUUCAGCUCUAAGUUCAAACCCCUCACACCUGAUAGAGCUAGAUCUGAGCUACAAUCAUCCAGAAGAAUCAGGAGUCAAGAUGCUCACUGAGAGAUUCAAUGAUCCAAACUGCAAACUGGACAAACUCAAUGUGGAACAUGGGGGAGAGUCCAUGAUUACUACAGGGCUAAACAAAUAUUUCUGUGAUCUCACAUUGGAUCCAAACACAGCAAAUACCCUACUCAUUCUGUCUGAAGGGAAUAGAAAGGUCACACGAGUGGCCGAGAAGCAGUCGUAUCCUGACCAUCCAGAGAGAUUUGAGAAGUGUCCUCAGGUUCUGUGUAGAGAGAGUCUGACUGGACGCUGUUACUGGGAGGCUGAAUGGAGGGGACUGAGGAUAGCUGACAUAUCAGUGGCAUAUAAAGGAAUCAGCAGAAUAGGAGAGAGUGGUGCCUGUGUGUUUGGACGCAAUGAAAAUUCCUGGAAUCUGGCCUGCUCUAAUAAGAGUUUUGGUGUAUGGCACAGUAAAACAGGCACCUUUGUACGCGCCCCUUCACCCCCCUCUAAUAGAAUAGGAGUGUAUCUGGACUGGCCAGCUGGCUUUUUGUCCUUUUACAACAUCUCUGACUCAUACACAUUCACACAUAUAUACACAUUCAACACCACAUUCACUGAACCCCUCUAUGCUGGAUUUGGGGUUCAUUAUUUAAACUCCUCAGCAGGCCUGGUCACACAGGGGGCAUCGCCACCUUGCCCACCCAAUAAAGGAAUUGGCGAACCCUUGGCACCACCCGCACCAACUGUCUUUGGGAUCGGGGACUAAACAUUUUUUUUGCAGAACGUAACCAAAAAUGGGAAUGAAGGUCCCUUUUAAUUGUCCCGGUGUGUAAAUGUUAUUUUAAAAUGCUUUUAACUGGUUAAUAACUGGUUAAUUUCAAUACAUUUGUCAAGAAUCCAAAGAGUUUAUCACAGUACAUUUUCAGAAUUAUACCACUUCCUGUUGCUUAAAACAAUGAGGCUUCUCUCUUUUUGUAGAACAUGAGUAUAUGUGCUUUGAUUUUGGAGCACACUGUAAAAAUAAGGUUUUAAAAUAAAAAAGGUGAUGUUUAUUUGUAAAUAAAUAUGAAAUACUAAAUGAGGAAAGUUAUUCCCCCCAAAUGAAUCCAUCAAUUCAUUGUUAUUAUAAAACCAUUUUAUCAAGAGGAGAGGAGACACUUUUGUUUGUAUAAAUUGCCCUUAUUGUUCUGUAUGUCCCUAUGUACAUUUACAGCACCCAGAUUUGAUCAAAUAUAGAGGGGGGUUUAUUUCAGAUGGAUGUAGGGUUCUUAACAGUUUGUCAAACCCAGUUAACCUUAAAUGUAUUAUUUAUGAUAAAUUUAAACUAUUUUUUUUUUUUUGUUGUUGUUUUUGUCUGCUUUUGUGAUAAGAAAAAUCUUGGUUCAACUUGGUUAUGGUGCUUUAUUUUAAAAUCUGUUUAAUGCUUGAUUUUGAAGGGUGUUAUUACAUAUUUACGCCAGUGGUGACAAAUUAUUAAAGGUAAUAUGUGAGUUGACGUUGACUCUGUGUUGACAGUCAGUGGUGAGCAGGUUUUAUUUUGACUGUAAUUUUUAAUUAUGCUUUGGUGCUUCUGUUUAAUGACUGAUUUAAAAGGAGUACAUUCGCAUGUGCUGUUAGAGCAAUAAUAUAUAAACCAGUAAACAGAAUGUGAGCAAUGAAAAUAUGGUGGCAUGUGUGCAUUUGUCAGGAGAUCGAAACUGCAAUAAAGUGGCAGUGUGCUAA